GGGGUUCGCGAAUGCCGCAUCUGUAGCGAGCUUCUUCCUUCACUUCCCGGAAACACGAACCUUCAUCCACCAAGAUGGCGACGUUGGCUGUAAGCAGACUACCUAUCGUGGGUUUCAGUUUCGAAAACUGUAAAAGAAAUGUGCUUUUGGAAGGUGAAGCCAGUAAACUGGGAUGCAGCUUGCCUGCUGCACGAAAAACCGGAACCACCAUUUGUGGUGUAGUCUUCAAGGAUGGUGUUGUUCUUGGUGCCGACACCAGAGCCACUGAGGGCAUGGUUGUGGCUGAUAAAAACUGCUCCAAGAUCCACUACAUCUCCCCCAACAUUUACUGCUGUGGGGCAGGAACCGCUGCAGACACAGAGAUGACCACUCAGAUCAUCUCUUCCAACCUGGAGCUCCACUCCCUUUCCACAGGCAGACUGCCACGUGUGGCCACAGCUAACCGCAUGCUGAAACAGAUGCUCUUCAGGUAUCAGGGCUACAUUGGUGCUGCCCUGGUCCUAGGCGGAGUGGACUGUAAUGGACCUCACCUGUAUAGCAUCUACCCUCAUGGCUCCACUGAUAAGCUGCCCUACGUUACUAUGGGCUCUGGCUCCCUGGCUGCCAUGGCUGUUUUUGAAGAUCGCUACAAGCCAGACAUGGAGGAGGAGGAAGCCAAGCGGCUGGUCCGUGAUGCCAUUGCUGCAGGAAUCUUUAAUGACCUGGGUUCUGGCAGCAACAUUGACCUGUCUGUCAUCACCAAGGGCAAUGUGGACUACAUCAGACCCCACGAUGAAGCCAAUAAGAAGGGGAUCAGAACUGGUGAUUACAAGUACAAAAGAGGAACGACUGCUGUGUUGUUGAAGUCUGUAACCCCACUGGGCUUGGAGGUGGUGGAGGAGUCCAUCCAAACUAUGGACACUUCCUAAACUUUACUCAAUGUUUUCUGAAGCAGCUCACUGAACACCUGACACACAUAUUUUUUCCGUGGUUUACAAUAAACGUUUUGAGUUGUUUAUUUGCAGCUUGAUUGAUCUUCUGCUAAAAGUAAAACGUUUUUGAAAUCUGCUUUCUAUCUGAAAUAUCUUACUGAGUCUCACAGCUUAUGGUUUGGAAAACUCACUUCUGAUAGUGAGUACACGAAUGACAAGCACUUCAGUCCACAGUGUUCCAAUGAAAUUUCGGGAUAUUUGUUCAGAAAGUUUAUAUGGACAAAAUAUUUGUGAAUUAUUUGUUGACAUAAAUACCAGAACCAUUAGACAGUUUUCAUCUACAGGAGGGUGUAUCCUGUCCACAGGUUAGCCUCGGUUGGAUGGCUGCUUGUUUCCUUCAGUUCUAACACUGUCACCGUUAUCUGACAUUUCUUCAGGAUCAGAGGAAUAUUUACUCAUUUUCACCUUAGUUUGAGAUUCAUAUCUGAAUCAGGUGUUGGGAAUGAUUAAGACCUAAAAAUGUGUGGGCAAAUAUUAGCCAAGUUGUAUUUUUAAUGAUUUAUUUUCUGAUUGAACUACAGAGCUCUCAGUCAAUCCAACAUGGUAAUAAACCUCACCACUUAUCCUAAGUGCUUGAACAUUUCUGACAUGAAACAGUCGGUGACCACUACCAUCACUGCCCCCCUUCCCCUCCUUUCAAUAACAGUCUGAGAGCUUCCAUUCAUGGAGUGUGUCAGUUUCUUGAUCUUUGAAAAUCUGCUUUUUGUGUAGCAGUGACAACAGACGGUUUUCCUUCACCAUUAAUCUCCCAUUUAAGAAGAGCCAUAAGUUCUCAAUGGGUUUUAGUUCAGGUGAGGAAGCAGCCAUGUCAUUCUUUCAUCUAUAGGGCCUUUUCUGGUCAACCACACAGUGGAGUUCUUACUUGAGGUGAUGGAGCUUGUCCUGAAAAAUCAUGUUCUUAAAUGAUAAUCUUUUUCCUUUAUCACUGCUUGAAGAAAGAAGUCUUCUAAAAACUGUCAGUUUGUGAGUUGAUAUGGAGUCCAUCUUCCACCUGAAAACUACCAUCUAGCUCAUCUUUAGUAUUUUCAGCCCAUAUCUGUAUCCGGGCUCCACUUUGCUGAGUCAAAGAGAAGCUCUGCUUUUGUUACUGAUCCACACAGAAGCCCGUCUAUCUGCUCCAUCAAGAGUCACUCUAUUCUUCUUUGGCCAAGUUGUGAUUGGACCUCUUUCAUAGUACUGUGUCUAUCCAGCCACCUGUCUCUCUGAAUCUCUUCAGCACUGAGAGCUGAUGGAAGUUGUCCCAUUGUGAUGUCAACAGAACCAGGGGGGGGGGGGGUUAGGAAAACAUGUCAUGUCUUAUUAGGUAGCCAUUAAGAAAAAUAGAUUGUUUUUCAAAUCUCACUAUUUACGUCUUUAGUGAGUUGCAAAACAUUAGAUGUGUGUGGCUGGACGCAGCAGUCUUGUUCAAGGUCUACCAGCAUGCGAUCUUUCUAAGAAGAAGCAGACAAAACUGCAUUCAUUUAAACAUCUUCUAUAUCAAUAGAAAAAAAAUCAUUAAGUGCAUAAUCUGACAUGUAUUGCCAUGUAUUUGAAUAAACAGUUCCUGAUCAUUAGAGCUUAAUGUUCUGAAGGUGUUAGGCACAUGGUCUGUGGAACUAAAGCUCAGUUUGUUAUGCUGAAGGCCUCUUUAAGGUUCAAAGGUAGUGCUUCAACAUGCUACACGAGUUAAUUCCCUAAACCCAGCUAUGCUGUUGAGAAAACAAAAACCAUGACAAUACACUAGUUUUCUUUUUAACUACUUGGUUUAAAUAGUUAACUAUAAAAAGUAUGAAUAUUCAAUAUAACUAUUGGCUCAGUAAAGUCAUCAGAUUACCUCCUCCCUGUGGAUCGCCAGUAGUUUCUUUGGGUUAUUCUAUUUGUAUUAUUCCAAUAUCAUUAAAAGAUUACAAACGCUG